AUGAGCAGCUAUGAUCUGGACAUUAUUUACGACUUCGGUCAAAAGGAACUGAAGAUACAAUUCAUGACGAAAGAGCAGGCUCAGGCGUACCAAAGCUUGCAUCGCGAGGCCCGCAUCCUAACCGGUCAGGAGUACAGUGUUUGGCUGCCGGUGCCGCAGGGAAUGACACACAUCCGUGCCAGCUUCCAGUACGGGUUGGUCUUUUGCUUCGACGACGCUGCAUCCGCGAGGGAGUGGAUGCAGCGGGUUGUCCUCGCGCAGAUGUAUAACGGCGGGCGCGACCCUAAAGCGGUGUACAUUGAGAGAUCUUGGGUCGAGUUAGAGCUGAACAAGAAGCUCGGGAUCAAGCAGAGUAGCUUGACAGCGCAACCGCCAUCCACCCGGCUGCGCGACCGCGACCCGUCUAUGGAACCGCCCAAAGUCAAAUACCAACAUGUCCCGAAGAAUGGCUUUGGAGUUGAACGUGGGGAGCUUAGGGAUUAUAACAAGAAGGAUCACGUCUUUGGAGUUCCACCUGCGCCUUACAGCAGGAGACAUUACGAAUCUGAUUAG